GCGUGUGUGCCGGGUAAAUUUCCAGAAGUCGCGAGAAGCGAGAAGCGACGCCGCGACUCCCAGCACCACCAGCACUGUUGUUCGGACAGACGACACCACAAUCAUCCGCCACCUUACUUCAACCUCACGUUUCGCCUUAACUUUUACUCCUGACCCAACCCAGCGAUCCACGAACGAGCGGUAUCCUAAUCUCCUCCCACGAUGGCCAACUACCUCGCCUCCAUCUUCGGCACAGAGCAAGACAAAGUCAACUGCUCGUUCUACUACAAGAUCGGUGCGUGCCGGCACGGCGACCGGUGCAGCCGGAAACACGUGAAGCCGUCGUACUCGCAGACGAUACUACUGCCGAACCUGUACCAGAACCCAGCGUUCGACCCAAAGAACAAGAUGAACCCGUCGCAGCUGCAGAACCACUUUGACGCGUUCUAUGAGGACUUCUUCUGCGAGAUGUGCAAGUACGGCGAGGUCGAGGAGGUCGUCGUCUGUGAUAACAAUAACGACCAUCUCAUCGGCAAUGUGUACGCGCGUUUCAAAUACGAGGAGGAUGCGCAGUCGGCGUGCGAUGCGCUGAAUGCGCGAUGGUACGCGGCGCGCCCGAUUUACUGCGAGCUCAGUCCCGUCACGGAUUUCCGCGAGGCGUGUUGUCGCCUGAACUCGGGCGAGGGCUGUGUGCGAGGCGGGUUCUGCAAUUUCAUCCAUCGCAAGGAGCCGAGUAAGGACCUUGAGCGCGAGCUCGAGCUCAGUAUGAAGAAGUGGCUCAAGAUGCGCGGAAGGGAUAAGAGGAGCGUCACGCGCUCGCCGAGUCCGGGAGGGACUAAGAGGAGAAGGGGUGAGGAAUAGGCAGUGCGAUGGGAUGGGCGAGAGGGGGCUGUAGGAUACCGGGAUAAUGUGAUUGCAAUGAUGGGGGUGGUUCCUUCAUGGUUAUGACUUCUUGGCCUAUUCGCUGUGAAUAGUAUGUAUUGAGACAACACAACUACCGAGU